UAAACGUCACCUCCGCUUUUUAGACCGUAAACCGGAAGUGGACAUUUGAAGAUUUUUCGCGUUAAAAACAGUCCAUAAACGUGUCCUGUCAAGGUUUCUUAAUGCGGUUUCAUAGACGAGAUGCCACGAUACUGCGCAGUAAAGCUUUGCCGCAACCGUGGCGGGGCUUCAUCUAAACAAGACAACAAGAGAAUCAGCUUCUACCCUUUUCCCUUGCAGGACAAGCCUAGGCUCCAACAAUGGAUAAACAACAUGAGGCGGGGGGAGUGGACCCCAAGUCGGCAUCAGUAUCUCUGCAGCGAGCAUUUCACAGAGGACUGCUUUGAUAUUCGCUGGGGUAUCCGAUACCUGAAGAAUACGGCCAUUCCCACCCUUUUCCCCUCUGUUGAGAAUGAUUGUGAAAACAAAGUCACCUUUCAAACAAGUCCAAAGGCCACAACCCCUUCAGAGACUUCAGAGGACUUCGAGUGUGUUCCCAGUCAGGUGCCUCUCAUUUUGAGAAAAACUGACCCUCCAACGCAGCAGCAACACAAACAUGACAAUAUUGUUACAGCACAGUCAGCCAUGCUGCUCAAUGUCCCUUUAUUCCCAGAGUUUGGGAUCACUUGUCAGUCAAGUCUCCCUGAGACGCGCACUGCUGCAUGUGAGAUAACGGGUGACAGUGGAGGUGGCACUCAUUCAAGCAACGAGGAGCAUGUGGAUCACACUUCCUUCCGAGCAGACCAGGGCCAGACCUUUCGCUUUGUCCCUGUGGAAUUGAUCAAGGUCAAAUUUCCAGGGAGUUUUGCGGAGGAGAGCAGAUCCAGUGACGAAGAGCUCAUUUUGGUUCAUGAGCACUCGUACUGCCGACCGGACACUGACAAAGAUGAGUUGUGGAGUAAGAUCUUGAGUCUGCAUGCAAAGAUCUUGGAACUGGACCGCAGAGAGGAUAGCACUGUGGCAAAAAUCCACACUUUGGAGAAUGAGAUCGCGUUACUGAAGAGGGCUGGGGCUGUUUUUAAAGAGAAGCAGAAAGUUUUAGAAGAUUAUACAGGUCCUUCUCAAAAUAUUAGCAUAUUGUGAUAAAGUUCAUUAUUUUCCAUAAUGUAAUGAUGAAAAUUUAACAUUCAUAUAUUUUAGAUUCAUUGCACACUAACU